GUUGAAAAUGACGGCAUGCACUUUUUUUCUUUUUUGUGCGACAGCUGCCGAAUAAGGCCAAGAAAAAAAACUGGUCAACACUGACUCAUAGCGAAAAAAUCCUGUGGGCGAUCUCCGCCCACUUACAUAAAACUGAUAAAACUCGGAUCCAUCUUUUUUUUUUCUUUUUUAACUUUUAAAUAACCCCAACUCACCAACUCUUCCAUACAUACUACACAGUCAUGGGCUCCAUUACAGCACUCAAUGAACUCGACGACAAGAGAAUCAAGGUCAUUAAGCCCUUGAUCCCUCCCCAGAUUCUGAUGGAGGACAUUCCUCUGACCUUGAAGGCCGCUCAGACUAUUGUUGGAGGCAGACGCGAAGCCGAGAAUGUGAUCAAGGGCUCGGACGACCGUCUUUUGGUUGUUGUUGGUCCUUGCUCGAUCCAUGAUGUCAAAGCUGCUAAAGAAUAUGCUACGCGUUUGAUUGAAUAUAACGAGACCGCCAAGGAAGACCUGGUGAUUAUCAUGCGAGUCUACUUUGAGAAGCCACGUACUACCGUUGGCUGGAAGGGUCUGAUCAACGAUCCUCAAUUGAACAACAGCUAUGAGAUCAACAAGGGUCUCCGCAUUGCACGUCAAUUGUUGUUAGAUUUGAACGAAGCCGGUAUUCCCACUGGUUGCGAAUUCUUGGAUACCAUCUCUCCUCAAUACACUGGUGAUCUUGUCUCGUGGGGUGCUAUUGGUGCCCGUACCACCGAAUCCCAAGUUCACCGUGAACUUGCUUCUGGCUUGUCAUGCCCUGUUGGCUUCAAGAACGGUACUGAUGGUGGCAUUACUGUCGCCAUGGAUGCUAUUAAGGCUGCGUCAAACGGCCAUCAUUUCUUGUCUGUUACUAAGCAGGGUCUGUCGGCAAUCGUCUCCACUCAUGGCAAUGACUCCUGCCACGUCAUCCUUCGAGGUGGUAAGGGUGGCCCUAACUACGAUGCCGAAUCUGUCAAGAAAUGUAUCGAUGCUUUGGAGAAGGCCAAGGCUCCCAAGUCUAUUAUGAUUGAUUGUAGCCACGGUAACAGCAGCAAGGACCAUAAUCGUCAACCCAUUGUUGCCCAAGAUAUCGCUAAGCAAUUGGCUGAUCCAAAGAACACCGGUGACAGCAUCACGGGUGUCAUGAUCGAGUCGCAUCUGGUGGAAGGCCGACAGGAUAUUCCCAGCGAAGGUGCUGACCGUUUGACUUACGGCCAGUCGAUCACCGACGCAUGCAUCAACUGGGAAGAUACCGUCAAAACCUUGGAAGUCCUGAGAGAAGGUGUUCGUGCUAGACGUGCUGCUCGACGUGCUUAAAAAGAAACCCUAAAGGAGCUUGCGCUGCACACGCUCGUUAUUUCCUAUAUCUUUUCUCUCUUUCCCUCUUUUGCGUGUUGUAUAGAUCUUUCCUACAAACCCCAUCUUCGUCAUUUGAAGAAAAGUAGCAUUUAUAAUUUUCUCUAUUGUACAGUGUUUUUUUUGCGUUCACAAAUAUUAAAAAAAUUGAGAGGCACAUUUAUCCUCUUUUUUUUUUG